AUGUCAGAUUUUAACGAUGAAGUAAUAAUUCCAACAAUAAUUGUUGAUAUUGGGUCGUACAUAAUCAGAGCUGGGCUAUCAACCACAGAAAAUGACGAACCAGAAGUUGAAACAUAUAGUAUUGUUGCAUGUAAUUUUGGAGAAGAAGAUAAAAUUAAGAUUGUUGGUUUUGAAGCUUUAAAUCACAUAGACGAAAUGGAAAUAACAGAAAUAUAUUGCAAUGGGAAACUUGAUAAUAAAUAUGCAUUAGAAAAAACAUUGACUACAAUUCCAAAAGAAGAACUCAAAGUUGAUCCAUCAGGUCAUAAAAUGAUUCUUACCGAAGAUAAGUUUGAUUCGGACAAUAUUAGAACUGUAAUGUCUGAAGUUGCUUUUGAAAAUAUGAACGUUUCAGAUCUAUUCAUCAAAUUAAACAUCCUGUUGAACAAUGAACUUAAUAAACUCUCACCAAAUAAUGAUUCAAUACAUGUCGAAAGUAAUCAAAAUAAAUACACAAACUUUGAUUCAAAUAAUAAUAAUAAUAAUAAUAAUAAUAAUAAUAAUAAUAAUAAUAAUAAUAAUAAUAAUAAUAAUAAUAAUAAUAAUAAUAAUAAUAAUAAUAAUAAUAAUAAUAAUAAUAAUAAUAAUAAUAAUAAUAAUAAUAAUAAUAAUAAUAAUAAUAAUAAUAAUAAUAAUAAUAAUAAUAAUAAUAAUAAUAAUAAUAAUAAUAAUAAUAAUAAUAAUAAUAAUAAUUUAAAAUUGGUUAAAAAAUUAAAGCAGUUUUUUAUCCUUUAG